AAAACAAGUACAACUUCAAAUUGAGAUAUACAUAAUAAAAAUUAAGCUCUAGAAAACAAAUGUAUUUAAUGAUUGAAAUUUAAAUAAUUAAUAGCAUAAACUUUCACUUUCAUUUUAACCUUUGAAGCUCAAUGUAUGUCAUUUUCCCACUUUUUUGCAAGUGAGAGAGAUGACAAAGGCUAUACAAAUGAAAAAGCACAUAACAAAUCCAUCAAUUCUCAAUUCAAUCAUCCCAAUAACUGGGCAAUUUUUCUCUACAUCAUGUGCAGUAGCCUUAGAAUCAGAACCACAAAGGGUACACAAAGUAUUGGGUUCAUCAAUUGGUGUUAUACAAGAAAAAGAUCUUCUAAAAAAGGCUCCAAAUGGUGAGCUUUUGGUACUAUACCUUAUUGACAAUGGCGCAAUGGACGCAGAUGCGAGGUUGUAUAAUCAGUUAUUGAAGAAAUGUACGGAGUGGAAACGGGUUAAAGAAGGGAAAAGGGUUCAUGAACACUUGUUGAGGUCGAGGUUUAGAGAUUAUAUUGUUCCGAAUAAUACGUUGAUUAAUAUGUACGCGAAGUGUGAGUGUAUGGGUUAUGCACGGAAGGUGUUUGAUGAAAUGCGUGAGAGAGAUAUGGUUUCUUGGACCGCAUUGAUUACUGGGUAUUCGCAGAAUGAGGGUAGUGAGGAGGGGUUGGGGGUGUUUGUUGAGAUGUUGAGGUGUGGGUUCAUGCCGAAUCAGUUUACGUUUGGGAGUGUGCUGAAAGCUGCUGGGGGAUUGGGGGGUGGGGGGACGGGUAGGCAGUUACAUGGUAUAUGUGUGAAGUGUGGAUAUGAAGAGAAUGUUUAUGUUGGGAGUGCUCUUGUGGAUAUGUAUGCGAGGUGUGGAUUGAUGGAUGAGGCGAAAAUUGUGUUUGAUAAGUUGAGUUGCAAGAAUGAGGUUUCUUGGAAUGGUUUGAUUGCUGGGCAUGCGAGGAAAGGUGAGGGAGAAAUUGCGGUGAAACUUUUUGCUGAGAUGAAAAGAGGCGGUUUUCAGCCGUCCCAUUUUACAUUCUCUAGUGUUUAUGCAGCCUGUGCAAGCAUUGGAGCUCUUGAGCCUGGGAAAUGGUUGCAUGUGCAUAUGAUCAAGUCGGGGUUGAAACUUAUUGCUUUUAUUGGGAAUACUCUGCUUGAUAUGUAUGCUAAGUCUGGUAGCAUUGAUGAUGCCCGAAAGGUUUUUGACCGGUUAGUGAAAAAGGAUGUAGUCUCUUGGAACUCAAUGCUUACUGCCUAUGCUCAGCAUGGACUUGGAAAAGAAACUGUGGAGUGCUUUGAGGAAAUGCGUAGGAUAGGACCUGAACCUAAUGAAGUGACUUUUCUUUGUGCUCUUACAGCAUGCAGUCAUGCUGGGCUUCUAGACAAAGGAAUGCAUUACUUUGAAUUGAUGAAGAAAUUUAAAAUAGAACCUAAUAUUUCACAUUAUGUAACCGUUGUUGAUCUACUUGGUCGAUCAGGUCAACUUGAUCGAGCUGGAAAGUUCAUAAAUGAAAUGCCAAUCGAACCAAAUGCAGCUGUUUGGAAAGCUUUGCUUGGAGCUUGUAGGAUGCAUAAGAAUUUGGAGUUGGGUGUUUAUGCAGCUGAACACGUGUUUGAACUUGAUCCGCAUGAUUCAGGGCCGCAUAUUUUGCUAUCAAACAUCUAUGCCUCUGCUGGUAGGAGAAGUGAUGCUGCACGAGUUAGAAAAAUGAUGAACGAGAGUGGAGUUAAGAAAGAACCUGCUUGUAGUUGGGUAGAGAUUGAGAAUGCUGUUCAUAUGUUUGUAGCUAAUGAUGAUUCCCAUCCACAGAGAAAGGAGAUCCGUAACAUGUGGGAGAAUAUAACUGAUAAAAUUAAGGAAAUUGGCUAUGUCCCAGACACUAGCCAUGUGCUUUGGUUUAUGGAUCAGCAGGAAAGGGAAGAGAGGUUGCAAUACCAUAGUGAACGACUCGCUUUAGCAUUUGCACUUCUCUACUCUCCACCUGGGUCCCCUAUCCGUAUAAAGAAGAAUAUCAGAGUUUGUGGUGACUGCCACACUGCAUUUAAGUUUGUUUCGAAGGUGGUGGACAGGGAAAUCAUCUUGAGAGACACAAAUCGGUUCCAUCAUUUUCGCAAUGGCUCUUGUUCCUGUGGAGACUACUGGUAGUGCAAAAUUAAUUUCCCAUCUGUGGUAACGUGAAAUCAUUCUGGACUAGACUAUCAUGUUGGACAUUGUUGGGAUAGGAUGAUGUAUGUUUUCCUACCAAAAUUGGCUGUUGGCAUACCCAAGCAUCUUUUAUAUAUGCAGUCAUCCAUCAAAUGGAUUAGAGGUUUUUUUUGCCUUGUAAGUCUGGUUUUGACUACCUUGCUUUCUAGCGCAUGGUUACAACCAGGUUACUCUCGUGGUCUCUGCCUCUCUGAAUAUCACAGGAGUGAUAGCAUAAUCCCAUGGGUUCUGGAAAAUACUGUGCCAAUUGUAGAAAAUCAAGACUAUCUUGCAGAUUCUCUAGAGAAGCAUCUAGGUAUGAACUGAAGGGACCUUUAUGCAGAAAGACAGUGUUCUUGAUAUUUGUCUACAUUUCAUGUUCUGAAACUGCAAUUAUUCAUAGUAGUGAUUGUGUAUGUAGUUCCUGCCACACGAACGAAAAUUAAUGUAUUAUCCCUAAACUUUAAGUACCUUGAGGUCUACCUGCUGUGUUUUAAGAGGCUAUUACAUUUUCUGCUCCA